UUGCUUUGACCUUGUGACCCUCCUGCCUCAGCCUCCUGGGCUACAGGGAUCACAGGCAUGCACCACUGUGUCUGGCUAUGUUUUUAUUUUUUUGAGUACUGUUUUAGCAUAUUACUCGGUUUGAUAUUGCUUGUUUGAGAACUCCAACGUAUUGGCCAUAUCUGUCUGAUGCCUGUUCUUUCACCUCAUGUUGUAGUUUCACCUUUGCUCUGCAGUGUGGUUUUCCUUCUUCUUAGGCACACAUGAUGUGCUGGGUAAAUGAACUGGAAAACAUAGGCGUGCUGGAAGCGGUCUUAGUUUAUUCGCCUGAUAUAGCAAAACAUCUUGUACUGGAUGCCUUGUAAGAAGCAGAAAUGCAUUGCUCAUAGUUUCAGUGGCUGGAAAGUUAAGAUCAGGUGUCUGGUGAGGUCCGUCCUUCCUAAGUGGGGCCUGUUCUGUGUCCUCACAUGGUGAGAUGUGCGAAGAAGCCCCCUUCCCUUCUUUCUCCCGUGUUUAGGGGGUAGUCCCACUUCUGAGCUCCUUCCACACAGGACCAGUCAUGUCCCAAAGGCACCAGGUUUUGUUCUGAUGCAUUGGUGUGAGGCUUCAGUGUGCAGGUGUUGGGAAGACCCCUCCCCCAGGGGACGUGGGCCUCAGUUCUGUAAGUCCUUCUUCUGUGGAGCUUCUGCCUCUGGGUGGGGGUUUCAUAUGUGUUCCCUGUUGUUAUUGAGUUUUCCUCCCCUGUGGUGAGUCCAGAUGGCCAGAGUGGACUGGAUUUGGGCGUUUCUCUCCUCCUCUGGGGAUGGCUGGUAUGGGCUGAAGCUGGGCAUCCCCUCCACCCAAGUAACUCAAGCUUAAGCUCUGACACAGCACAUCAAGUCAGGCUCUGCCUGAGUGGCUUUCUGGGGACCAGCAUGUUAGGAAGAAGAGUGCUCUGGUCUGCCCCACAGUGGAAGCUGGGGAGUUCUGAGGUGCACGCAGUCCUGGUGUGUUUGCCUAGCACGUGUUGUGUGGUGCUGUGGCUGGACUGGAGUGGGGACUUCAUGAUCUGAAGAGCAUGGCACCUCUUCUUUUCCAGUGAGGUGCAUGUUACGGCACACAACAGGGCUCUCCUUUCUCCUGUCUCAUCCCAGCCUGUAUAGAAGUUGGGUCCAGAUUAGUGCGUUAGACACCUUCUUCCUGGUGUUUAUACUACGUCUUCAUGCCAGAUCACAUGGUCCGUGGAGCAGCAGGAUUUUAGUCAUGUUUAUUUCCACUAACAAGGAUGGUUUUAGGUCUAUAAGGGGAUGGUGUCUUUUGAGGAUGUGUCUGUGGACUUCACCUGGGAGGAGUGGCAGGACCUGGACGAUGCUCAGAGGACACUCUAUAGGGACGUGAUGCUGGAGACCUACAGCAGCCUGGUCUUCUUGGGGCUUUUCAUUACCAGACCUGAAGUUAUUUUCAAGUUGGAGCAAGGAACAGAGCCAUGGCUGGUUAAAGAAGCCCUGGACCGGUGCCUUCCAGAUGUGCAGAUAGCUGAUGAUGUGGUUGAGAACAGCCAAGAAAAUCACGGUAGACACUUGUGGCAAGUUGUUGUCAACAGCAGCAUAUCAGCUAUGGAGAGACUUGAAUUAGGAAAGGCAUUUCAUUUGAGUUCAAAAUGUAUUUCAAAUCUGAUAGUAAAUAAUGGGAACUCUUCAGUAAUGAGACCUCAGGAGUUGGAUGUGUACCAACUCAUGCCUUUCCCUGGAGGGCCUGUUGUGAGAUGUGCUGCAGAGAAGCCUUGUGCCUAUGAGGUGCCCGGGAAGGCCCUCACACACAGUGAACCCCUCAGUCAGAGCCACAAGACCCAGGUUGGGCAGCAGCAUCUGGAAGGUGGGGGACAAGGGAGUGCCCUCAGCACAGAGAGGGGCAGCAUGGCAGGGACCUGUAUGCACAGUGAGUGUGGGAACAGCUGUGUGUCUCCCCAGGCAGGGAGGAAACCCUUCACAUGUGGUCUGUGUGGCAAGACUUACUCCAGAGCAUCUGCCCUUGCUGACCAUCAGAAAAAGCACACAGGAGAGAAGCCCUACAAGUGCAGCAGAUGUGAGAAGUCCUUCUUUGUUAGAUCUGUUCUUAGAGACCACCAGAGAACACACACUGGGGAGAGGCCCUACACAUGCAGCAGCUGUGACAAGUCCUUCUGCCAUCGGUCAGCCCUCAUUACGCACCAGAGGAUCCACACUGGGGAGAGGCCCUAUGAAUGCUGUGAAUGUGGGAAGGCCUUCCGAAGGAAGUCGGCGCUCAUCAUCCAUCGCAGGAUUCACACAGGAGAGAAGCCCUAUGAGUGUGAGGUGUGCAAGAAAGCCUUCUGUCAGAAGUCAGUCCUCAGCUUACAUCAAAGGACUCACACAGAAGAAAAGCCCCACGAGUGUGACCAGUGUGGAAAAGCCUUCUGCCGGAAGUCGGCCCUUACCAUCCAUCAGAGGAUCCACACGGGAGAGAAGCCCUACGAGUGUGCACAGUGCAAGAAGACCUUCUGUCAGAAGGCAGGCCUCACUCUGCACCAGAGGACUCACACAGAAGGAAAGCCCCAUGAGUGUGACCAGUGUGGAAAGACGUUUUUCCUGAAGUCGGGUCUCGUCAUGCAUCACAGGACUCACACGGGGGAGAAACCCUUCAAAUGCAGUGAGUGUGGAAAGGCCUUUUCCCAGAAGACCCACCUCCGGAGGCACCAGAGCAUGCAUACCGGGGAGAAGCCCCACACAUGUGCCCAGUGUGGGAAAGCCUACUUUCAUAAGUUGGAUCUCACCAAACACCUGCGGAUUCACACUGGCGAGAAGCCCCACGUGUGUGCUCAGUGUGGGAAAGCUUUUCGCAUGAAGUCCUACCUCCACGUGCAUCAGAGAACACACACUGGGGAGAGGCCGUACGAGUGCAGCAGGUGUGGGAAAGCCUUUCGCCGCAAGUCACAUCUCAGCAGUCAUCAGAAGACUCACUUGGGAGCUUCUCAGCGUGGUGGAGACUGGCUGUGUGUGCUACAGAGAGCCCCGUCUGUUCUCUAGCUCACCUGCCCACCCCUGCCUCUGCUUGCUGUGGGAAGAGCCUGCAGCUGCCUGGGUCCAUGCGGUGUAGACACAAGGGACCAAUGUUGCUUCCAGGUCAGAUGACAGACAUUCCCUGUGACGCUGCCUGAGUUCUUGAGUCCCAUGAUACGCAGAGUGGCCCUGAGAAAUCUUGUUAGAGAAGGUGACUGUGACCAAGAGAGAAGGAGUUGCCUGAAGAGAUCAGAUGGCUUCUCCUCUCUCUUUCCAAGCCUCCAUUUAUACCUCGUAGGAGUGAGAAAUAAAUCCUCCUCUGUUGAGCCA